AGGAGCUCUAGUGUUGGCAGGCUCGGACUCCAUCCGCGGAACGGUGCGGCGCGAGAGUGGAAGAGGAGCGAGGACGCGCGCUCAUGGAAGUGAAGGAUAUUUAAGCACCUGCCUGGGGGGCGCACAGACACCGCAGUCCAUGCCUCUGCCUUGCCGGGUCCUUGAUGGGAAACCAACUGGACCGGAUCACCCACCUCAACUACAGCGAGCUGCCCACGGGGGAUCCGUCCGGGCUGGAGAAGGACGAGCUGCGUGUCGGCGUCGCCUACUUCUUCUCCGACGACGAGGAGGAGGCGGCGGACGAGCGCACGCCGUCCGACUGCGGCUUCGGCAAGGAGCUGAGCCCGGCCGACGAGGACGGGGGACCGGAGGGCCCCUUCUCGCUGAGCGAGGUGGAGUACUCGGCGUUCCGCGCGCACGAGUGCAUCUUCUCCAAGCUGCGCGAGAACGAGGACCUGGACGUGUACGCGGCCACAACUUUGCUGGGCGUGUGCAAGCCGGGCGACUUGCUGGAGCUGGUGGCGGCCGCGCAGCCGCCGCACUGGGCCGUGUGCGAGCGCGACGGCCGAGUCAUCCACCUGCACAAGGGCGAGAUCCGCCGGGACGGCUUGCUUGAGGUGUGCAACGGCCGCCGCGGCAGGAUCGCCAACGGCCGCUACCGCUACCGGCCGCUGCCCGCCGACCUGGUGGUGCAGAACGCGGCGGGCCACGUGGGCCUGCGCAGCGACGAGAUUUGCUGGACCAACUCGGAAAGUUUCGCCGCCUGGUGCCGCUUCGGCAAACGCGAGUUCAAGGCCGGCGGCGAGGCGCACUCGGCCGAACAGCAGUACUUGCUCAAGGUGCGCCUGGCCGGCAGCGGCGUGCACACGCUGGUUUUUCGGAGCCUGGAGGACUUGAUCCGCGAGCGGCGGCGGGUGGACGCCAGCGGGAUCCUCGAGGAGCUCUCCCUGGUCGGCGGCGGGGGCAAGGAGUGACCGGGGGCGAGGGGGCUACCGUUCAAUCUCCCCCGUCCUGCCGACCUGUUAGUUUUUGGACAUGGCCGUGAUGAAUUUCAAGACCGCAGACGCUGUGCCGUUGUGGAAUGUGGAACCGCGAAUACGAGACAAGCCCCCUCCCCUCACCCUCCCCCCGUUAUCCUCUCAUGACUGGGCAUGGUUCCCACCCCUCAAGCUGCAUUUUUUUGGGGCGGUGAAGGGGGCAGUGGGGGGGGUUCCCCUCCUAUUUUCAAGCGUUAAAAGGUCCCCUCCUGGUCACACAUAAGCUGCCGAACGGCAGAAAAACAAACGGAAGCAUUUUUGGCUUGUUCGAAAGCGCCCCUCUUCUUUGCCAUACGAGGACAAUAUACUUGACUCUCAAACCACAGCCAUCUUGCUAAAAAAAAAAAAAAAAAAAAAAA